CAUGGAGUAAGCUUUUGUGUGUCAGAGAAAAGCUUUCUCAGUGUAAGAGAGAGCAAUAUAUGUGAAGAAGUAAGCAAUAGAGCUCCCCAUGUUCUUCAACCCAUAAACAAAACUGAUUGAUUCUCUUUCUCACAGACUUUAUCAUCUUAAACCCAGUUUCCCAAACUCCAGGAUUCUUUCAAUUCUCGCCCCGGAAAAAAAAAAAGUUGACGUCAGGUCGCCGGUAAGCUGACGCCAUGGAUGUUGACUUCUGGCCUUCAAAGGUUCACACCGCCAGACACCUUUCUGCUGUCUAUGCUGCUCGGCUUCACUCUGGUAUAUAACCUCUCUCUCUCUCUCUCUCUCUCUCUCUCUCUCUCCCCUACUACUUCGUUUUCAUGAAAACAGAUCAUAAUUUAGCCAUGGAUGAUUCUGAAGGAGAUGAUGAUGCAAAGACAUGUUUUCCAUGCCCUUUCUGCUAUGUAGAUAUUGAAGUUACCACUCUCUGUAUCCACUUGCAGGAAGAACACUGCUUUGACUUAAAAAAUGCGGUUUGCCCUCUUUGUGCAGCAAAUCUGGGGAAAGAUGCAAUUGGACAUUUUAUGGUGCAACAUGCAAGCUCCUUAAAGCAUAGAAGAAAAUCUCAGAAAUCUGGCUUUUGGACUAGUAGUUCAGCAGCCCUUGGCAAGGAACUGUCUAGAAAUGGAAGGGCAAAUGCAUAUGACUCUGCACCUGAUCCACUGCUAUCACCAUUUAUAUGCAGUGUAUCUCUUCAAGAUCCUUAUAGUCUUCAGAAAAAUGAACUUUCUGGUAGUGAUGUUGCUGUCACUGCUGAUGUGAAAAGCAGUGAGUCCUCUUCACAUUGUGAUGAGGAUAUUGAAGAAAUAAAGCGGAAAGCAGAAUUUGUGCAACAGUUGAUUGGGUCCAUCAUUUUCUAGGAUUUCUGAGUAUUUUGGAGUUUAAAACUUUUGGAAAAUGCAGGAGGCUACUGCUUCAGUAAUACAGUUAUCAGCGUGCAACAAAUGAUGCUACAUCAUCAGUAGGCAUUUCAUUUUAAUACUGGUGCAUGUUUUUAGAAAGGCAUAUAGAUUCUAUAUUAGGUAUUUUAGAAAGAGUUGUCCUUGAAUGGCUGAUGAUUUAAGUCUCAUCAAGGGCAAGGGCAACAUGUAUUUACUGAAAUAGAUCUAUCCAAUCUAUAUAUAUAUAUAUAUAUAUAUGUAGCCUAUUUUAAGGCUACUUUCUAUAA